AUGGUGUAUCCAGGAGCCACUAGCAUUAUGAACUAUUUACUGGGAAACAUGCUUAAAACUGGAAGGGCUACAUUGGUGGAAGAGCAUGAAGGUAAACGUGCCAAACUGCAAACAGAGGAUGGAAAUUUUAUAGACACAAUGUUUGUAAGUCGGAAGCUACAGUUCUUGAAUGGAAACACUUUGGUAAUAACAUCUGAAGGUAAUGCAGGUUAUUAUGAGCUUGGCUGCUCCGGAACUCCAUUGGAACUGGGCUACUCAGUUCUUAGCUGGAAUCACCCAGGAUUUGGGGGUAGCACAGGUGUUCCUUUUCCAGAGCAGGAGCAGCGAGCGAUUGACGUUGUGAUACAGUAUGCCAUCCAUAAGCUUGGUUUCAGCCCUGAUAACAUCGCCCUGUUUGCCUGGUCUAUCGGUGGCUACACGGCUUCUUGGGCGGCAAAGAGCUAUCCAGAUAUUCAGUUUGUGGUGUUAGAUGCCACAUUUGAUGACAUUGUACCUCUUGCUAUUGCCAAAAUGCCGGAGUCCUGGAAAAAUCUGGUAGCUGCAACCUUGAGAACCUACAUGAACCUGCACAUAGCUGAGCAGCUGGUAGAAUACAACGGACCUGUUUUGUUGAUCAGAAGGACAAGGGAUGAAAUCAUCACCACAGUGGCUCCUCCAGACAGAUCUCCAGUGAUUUCAACAAACAGAGGGAACCACCUUUUAAUAAAAUUAUUACAGCACAGAUAUCCCUCUAUAGUUGAUUCUACAACUUUGCCAGCCAUUAAGGACUUUUUAUCUAAGGAAUCCUAUGAACAAGCCGCUGAACUAGAAGAUAGAUUUGUAGAUCUCCAUGAAUGUAGCAACUACUUUGUACCAUAUGUUCAGAGCAAAGAGCUGCAUUUCCCCUUAUAUGUAGAUUGUCACCGUGAUGUACAACUAAAAAUCAAAUUGGCUUUGUUUUUGGUGACAGUGCAUAUGGAGAACUUUGAGUCCACCCACUGCACCCCUUUACCAGGUCAUUUCUUCCACAAAGCGUGGCAGCCAGGAUCCAAGCUAUGA